UACCGCCGUGAAUUGAAUUUCCGAUGGCGGAAACCCACGAAAAAGACAAACCUGCGAAAGAUGUUUUUGUCUGUGAAAACUGUAAUUUUUCUGUUUCGUUUGAUUACUUUGGAAGAAAACCUCCAUUUGCCAGAUCUUACGUGUUGAUGGAAGAGGCCUAUGUUAUGAAGGACCCUUUCAGUGAGGAGCGGGGUUUUAUAACACUCGGUUCCAGUUGUAAUAUCUGCAGAGCCAAAGUCUGUUUGUCACAGAACUGCAGCCUUUUCUACACCAAACGUUUUUGUUUACGAUGUGUGAAAAAAAACCUGAAAGAAUUUCCCGCAGAGAUUAAAGAGGAGAUGACAAAAAAAAGUACGAAGAGUGACUAAACAACAAAGAGGAAGUAGUCUCGUGGGAUAACGCUCGUGAAAUUGGUCCCCUAAUUUGACGUCACGAGACGUGGCGACAACACGCAGAACAAACGAAGAAGAGGCAAAGGAAUGCACAUUUUAUGCAAUAUCAUUCACAUCUUUAAUAAAUACAGAUAUCGCAAAAAAGUACAAAAAGAUUAAGGUGAUUUGCAAAGACCUCGAGAAUGUUAUCUAGCUUUGUAAGACCUUGAUCUACCAGUAUACAGAUGUUGCAAAUAUGGGCAAUUAUUGGCCUCCAAAAAUCUCGAUUCAUUUGUUGAUAACUGUAAGGGGAAAAAAACUUACUGAAGGGUGUUAUCGGUAACCGAAUUCGUUUAUCGCCGUUUCUGAUUGCAGAGCAUUUUAACUAUCUAGUUUGAGGCAAUGCAACGCGGAAAACAGAAAGCCUUUUUCCAACUUUUUUGUGUCUUUGUUGAUUUUAGUUGUUUUAGCCGUGUGACGAUUCGCAGUGAGAAAAUGCAUUGUUAUUGAGAAAAAAAUUCUUAGAUAAGAUGCAUAUUUGAAAUACUGGGAUACGUAAUUAUGCAUACCUUUUUAUCAUUAUGUUGUUUAUUGUCAUUUCUCUAACUUUAUUUCAAAUAAACCAAUGAAAAUAUA